AUGGCGCGGUCGAAGCAGGUCGUCGAGGCGCCUCGCUUUCUCCUGCCUCGCCUGACCUGGAAUGGUACUUCUCCCCGCAUCACCCUUUCUCCGAUUCAGACCGGACCGUCGACGAGGCGCCAGCGACCCCAACAGCGCUUCAACGGUUUAAAUUCUCGAGAUCGCCAGUUACAUACUUCGACAAUAUCCCCUCGUCCGUUCUCGCUUAUACUCGCUGCAUCCCGCUCUGCAGUUUCGAUCUCUCACCGUCCAUCCUCCACCAAAAACCCUUCUCCAGAUGCAACUGAUCGUCCCACCAACCCCAUCCGACAUAACGGCGUGUAUGUCGCCGUCUUCAAGCCGGCACGGCGCGCAUUCCAUGAGUCCGCGGUGAUGGCCCGCGACCACCAUUUCGACACGCUGAAGUUUGUGCAACGGCUAAAGAAGGAGGGCUUCAGUGAGGAGCAAGCCGUUGCAAUGAUGAGAGUCCUGAAUGAUGUGAUCCAGGAGUCGAUCCAGAAUCUGACCAGGACUAUGGUCUUGAGGGAGGACUCGGAACGCACGACAUAUACGCAGAAAGUGGACUUUGCCAAACUUCGCUCCGAACUGCUGAACUCGGACUCGACCGAAGCGCAACUGACGCGCUCCUCGCACGAGCGGAUCGCCGCCGACCUCGCCAAGCUGAAUUCCCGCCUCCGCGACGAGAUUGGACGUACCCAGGCCUCCGUUCGUUUGGACUUGAACCUGGAGAAAGGCCGCAUUCGGGAGGAGGCUAACAGCCAAGAGAUGCGGAUCAAGGAGACGGAGACGAGAAUCGAGCAGGAGGUCGCAGGAUUGAGGGAGCGAGUGGAGGCAGUCAAAUUUUCGACGCUGCAGUGGUUAAUGUAG